AAUCUAUUUUACUGAUACCAAGUUUGGAUUGUUGCAUCCAUUGAGAUAAUCAAUCAAUCAAUAGCCAGCAAGCGAGAGAGAGAGAGAGAGAGAGUUGAAAAAUGCCUAACCGUUGUGAAAUUUGCUGCGAGAUUUUGAUCGCUAUCUUGCUCCCUCCUUUGGGUGUUUGCUUCCGCCAUGGUUGCUGCAGUGUUGAAUUCAUCAUUUGCUUGCUCCUUACAAUACUAGGUUAUAUUCCUGGUAUUAUCUAUGCUCUCUAUGCAAUUAUCUUUGUUGAUCGUGAUCAGUACUUUGAUGAAUAUAGGCGUCCUCUUUAUUCACAAUACUAAACACAUGCCAUUUGUGUAUGUGUUUCUUCCCACGCUUAUCUUUUGUGAUCAACUCUUGACUAUGUAAUGGAUUCUCUCGAAUUCUCUUUGAGAUUGGAUUUUCUGAAUUUGGGAUUUGCAUUUAUUUAUCUGCUUAUGUUUUAGCUGUGACUGAGAACAUGUACUCAAAGUAUUCAAAAUUAUCUGGUUAUGUGAUUGUUCAUAGUUUAGUGUAAUAAUCAAAUUAUGAAAGUUAAGUGGUUAGUUAUAUUGUGGAAGAUAGUAUAAUAUGAAUAACUUAUCUAGUUUAUGAUGUU